CGGUUCUGCAGGCUCUGCUCGGACGAUGUCUCUGGUGGAUCUGGGGAAGAAGCUCCUGGAAGCUGCUCGUGCCGGUCAGGAUGAUGAGGUGCGGAUCCUGAUGGCCAAUGGAGCACCGUUCACCACCGACUGGCUGGGCACGUCUCCUCUGCACCUGUCGGCUCAGUUCGGUCAUUACUCCACCACGGAGGUGCUGUUGCGGGCCGGCGUGAGCAGAGACGCGCGCACUAAAGUGGACCGAACACCCCUGCACAUGGCGGCGUCUGAGGGUCACCUGCGCAUCGUGGAGCUGCUGCUGAAGCACGGCGCGGAUGUGAACGCUAAAGACAUGCUGCAGAUGAGCGCGCUGCACUGGGCCGUGGAGCACACACACACCGCUGUGGUGGAGCUGCUGCUGCGAUACGGAGCCGAUGUUCACGCGCUCAGCAAGUUCUGCAAGAACGCUCUGGACAUCGCCCUGGACAACAGCUGCCACGAGCUGGCCCACAUCCUGCAGGUGGCGAUGCAGAACCAGAUCAACACAAACCCAGAGAGUCCCGACACACUGACCAUCCACACAGCGGCUCCGCAGUUCAUCAUCGGGCCUGCAGGAGUGCUCAAUCUGGCAGAGCUGGUGUCGCCCGCACACAGCAGCAAACCCAGCGAUGAGCUGGUCAGCACAGAUGCAGUGGACGGCUCCCUCCAGCAGGUGGUGCACUCCAGCAGGCAGCAGCUCAUCACCAUCCUCACUGACAGCAUUCAGCUGGGGAACCUGCAGAGCGGCAGCCAGCCCAUAAUACUCACCAUGCCUGACGGACAGCAGGUGCUGACAGUGUCGGACACAGAGGUGGCGGAGGAGACGGUGGUCAGCGAUGAGCCGUGUGUGAAACGACUGAGAGUGAAGGAAGAGGAGGAGGAGGAGGAGGAAGAGCAGAUGACGGAGACACAGGACAUACAGAUCCAGCACACACUCUCACUGGAGGACUUCCAGAAGGUGUCUCUGCUGAAGCAGCUGGAGGAGGCGAACAGAGAGGCGCAGAAGUACCGGCAGCAGUUCCUGAAGAAGGAGCAGGAGGCAGAGACAUACCGGCAGAAGCUGGAGGAGAUCACACGGCAGAGCGGGAAGAAGACUGCGUGACUACACACACACACACACACACGCUGCGCUGACUUAAGAACAGACCAGUAGCAGUGUAAUGAUGAUGGCGUUUCUGCAGAUCUGUCUGCUCUCGCAGCGACACACACACACACACACACACACACACUCUUGUGUUUCGCGUCUCCUGCUUGCUGUCUGAGGUGUUUUUCAGGGUCUGUCAUAAAGAGUGUUAUUUUUAAAGGAC